CAGCAUUCUGUGAUGUCACAGUCGCUGAGAGGUGCACCCUCUGGGUGGUUAGGCCAAAGUGGCCAGUAGUCUGCCGACUGCCGACCUAUUCAGGUAUUGGUGGCUGAAGCAGGAGACAUAUUUGGAGUACCAAAUGGAUUCUCAUUUGAGACGUGACUGGGCCAUCCUGAAGACCCUGAGGGACAAGGAGCGUGCUCAGGUCAUCCGUCUGUAUGAAAAGGGACCCUGUCGAAGGCCCAUUUUUUAUAUCGGAGAUGAAAACUACUACAGUGAAGACCUUGUGCUGGACAGGUUUGGGUUCCUGUGGAAGAAGUCACAGCCCCAGGGCGGUGCACCAGGGACUAAGCCAAAACGUACAGAGUCUAGGAGACUUGGAAAGUGGGUGAAGAUGUUAAAAAAUUAUAGUAAAUAUCGUGGAAGUGAGAAGUUCCACCAAAGAAUUUUCAAAGGCAUCCCCAGUGAGGUGCGGGGAAAAGUUUGGAUGAUCAUGCUGGAUGUCAACGCAAAGAAGGCCCAGAAUCCGGGGAAGUACAUGGAACUUAAGGAGCAGGCCAGGCUGCAGUCCAAACAAUUCCAUGAAAUCAACUCUGCGGUAGAGUGUACUUUCCGAAACCAUCUGAUGUUCCGAGACCAAUAUGGAAUCAAGCAGCAGGAUUUAUUCGGAAUUUUGAUGGCCUACAGCAUGUACAACCCUGAGGUGGGCUAUGGCCAUGGCCUGAGCCAUAUAGCGGCACUACUGUUGAUGUGGCUAAGUGAGGAGGACGCAUUUUGGGCUCUGGUCCAACUCCUGGAGAACAAGAAAUACAUGAUGUCUGGUCUCUACAAACCGGGACUCCCGAAGCUGGAGAUGCUCCAGAACCACCUGGAAGAUCUCGUGCACCGCACCCUCCCUGCUCUGGAGCAGCACCUGGAGAAGCAGGGAGUGAGCCUCAAGGAAUGCACUGUACCCUGGUUCACACAGUGUUUUCUGGAUGUGGUGCCGUUCCCUCUGGCAUUACGGAUUUGGGACAUCAUGAUACUGGAAGGGGUACACAUGCUCACCACCACAGCCUACAUGACCUUGAAAUUGAACCGAAAGCGCCUGCUUAAGAUGCCCCGGGGCCAUAUCCAAGAGUUCCUCCAGGAGACCCUGAAGCAGGCUUGGGCCCAGGACAACACCUUCAUAGUCAAGCAGCUGCAGGCCUCCAAGCAUGAACUAACCAAACUAUGCUGCCUCCUGCCUCCUGAAGCAGUGCCUGGCGAGUCCUGCAGUGUGGGCCAGGGUCUGUUCCCUGACUUUCAAGAGGCUACUCCUGUCCCCACCACACCGCAGGACGGGGAGGCGGCUCAGUCCCCAGGGCCGCUGUGCAAACAACCUGAGCCUUCGGCUUCCCUCACUGAGACUCCCCCGGUGGAACUGAACACCUACCGCCUUGUCUGGGGGAUAGAUGAAGAGGAGGAAAAUUAUGCCCAACAAGACAGCUCAGAGUCCCUGGGCCAAGGGGCCCUAGUGAGUGCUUCAGGGUGUGCAUAUUUGGCCAACCCUGCCAAGACCCCAUGCAGCGUGUGGGACAAGGGGAGGCGGCUCCAGUGGCAUAGUCUGCCCAAUCUCUGGAUGCCUGUCCAAGGCGCAGACUGCCCGCCUCCAGAGCUGGGCAGCCAGGAGGGCUUUAGAGCCUGUUCCCUGCCUUUCAUGGAGCCCCUGGGCUCAGGGCCCAUGAAGACGAUCCCAGCCUCAGACACAGGGCUGAAGAUGGCUCCCAGGAAUGAUAAGCUGGAGUAUCUGUGA